CACACUCACAAACACCGCAGCAACGACACUAAUAACAUCGAAACGACUUUUAAUUACUACACAGCCGCAUUUUUUCUGUAUGUUUAGUGAAGUGCAUAUCUCUGUUCUGGUCCUUCUUCGUUGCAAUCAAAGGCGAUAUCUCUGUGGAGAAAUACUAAUUUGAUGGGAUGGUACUGACAGCAAGCAGUGGACAGUCUGUGUCUUUUGGUCAUUAUGGACACACUCGAGUCUGUAAGUAAGAGUGAUACGAGAACAUAAGACUAAGAGCAGUGGCCAGUGCUAGAAUUUAUGAAGAGUACUGACAUCUGUGGGUAACAUAUGUGAGUAGCAGAGGGAAAUAUUCACAGCAGAAGACACUAGGGAGAGCAGAGACAAGUUGUGACAUUAAGGGGUAGUCCUGACAUCAAUACAUCCCAAAACUACCUAAAGUGUGUGGACGGCCCUCUUCCUCGUUGAAAGAAUUAUCUCCGCUACUCUCUAACACAUUUUCGCUCUCUCGGUUUCUCUCUUUCCCUUUCUCUCCUUAUAUAUUAAGUUUCACAACGUCUCUUCCUUUAAUCUCUCUCCCCUCUCUCUUCUUCUCUUUCUUUCUCUUCCAUACUUUUUCUUUCCCCUCUGAUAAUCUUAGCGCCAAGAAAUGUCCCGGUUACAAUUUACUCGUCCGACUGCAACGAAAGUCCUGCUGUUAACCCUUACAACAAUACUGGUUGUUAACGCAGAUCAGGAACUUGACGGCUACUACAAAUCUUUGGGCCCUGGUUAUGCCUAUGCUUACCUUCAGGCAUCUACAGCACAAGAAUUCUUCUCAACACGAAACCUAUUCGACUGUACCGCGCUCGCUCAAAGGAGCCAAUCACAAAUUUUCACUUACAACAAAGUCAGCCAUAUCUGUAAGAUUUACGCACCGAAUAAUUUUAUGACAGUCGUCAGCGCGAAUGACACCAACGAGAUUUCCUUCUUUAAAAAUACUCAUUGGAUUAAAACAUAUGGCAUAUCAAUGCAAGCUGGUUCGAAAGUCUAUCAAUCAUUCAUGAAUAUAGGAAGUCCUUCAACCUGGAACGUAGAGACAUGCAAUGGUGCCUACUGUCCUAAUUUCUUCCGACAUCCUAUCCUUGAUGCCUGGAGUCACCUUCCAAUUGAUGAGGCGAAACUGGUGAUUUAUGAAAACCAAACCGCUGUAGUUGAUAUUGUAUUCGAUGGACGAAAUACAACCCUUGAAAGCUGGUUCUCUCUUGAAACGCUGAAAAGUUCUCCUUGGUCCGACCUCCAUCAAAACCCUGUGAAUCUGAUCUCAGUUAUUGGAGCUAGUGUUCGUCGUUUCUAUAUGUCAUCUCAAUAUGGAGGCUGUACUGGAGACUGGGCUUGGAUGUUAAUCGUCGAAGCUAGAAGUAUUUGUUAUUAUGAGAAACUCAGUAGUUAUCCUCAAUUAUACUACUCUAAACGAAAUACGAGAACCACAUGGAGUAACGCACAGGGAAAAGGUGAUUCCAUUGCCGUCUUUAUCCGCUUAAAACCUAAUUAACCAAUCGAAAGAUCUCCAAUUACCGAAGUCCAUCUCUACAAGUUGACCACAACCUCUGAUUAUUUAUCAAAUAUUAUAAGUCAAUGAAAACCUCACAAUAUCCAUUGGUCCUAUGCUAUUAUUCUCUUCCUCGCUUAUUUUUCAUUUUUGUUCUAUUUGUCGUACAUUCAAGCAUAUAUGUGUUACAAGGAAAAUUUGCGAGCAAGAGAAAUGAUAUUUUUAUCAUUAUAAACCUGGAAAAUUACAGGACAAGUUAUUACACUUGGAAAAGUU